GAGGAAGUCGCGGGCCGGGUCUUCCGGGGGGCGGAGACUCGCCUUCCAGAGCAGGGGGGAGGGAGUCGCUGGCUUCCAGCUGCAGACGGGAUCCUCCAGGUCACCCCGGCUGUCCUCGGGGCCAUGGUGCAGCCGAGACUUUGGGCGACCCCCAGGUGAGCGGCGACUGCGCCGCGGCGGACCGGGUGCAUGCCGGGUAGCCGGCGAGGAUGCAGCGAGCAUCCCGAGCGGCCGCCGCUGCGGCAGCCGCAACCACAGCGCAACCUGAGGACGCGGUGCCAGCGGCUGCCGAAUUUUCCCCUGCAGAGAGCCAGAGGAGGAAAAAAACAAAGAAAAGAAGCCAAAAUCUCGGCUUCGUUCGUUUUUUGAGCUGUUCAAAACUAAUUUGUUUAUGAAAACGCCCUGCGCCUGUAAUCGGAACAACUGGAGGCGAUGGAUCCGACCCCUGCUCGUACUUAUUUACGUAAUUUCCAUCCUCGUUUCGGUUCCCUUCGGUGUUUGGGAACUUCAAAAACUAAAGGUUGGAAUACACACUGAAGCAUGGCUUAUUGCUGGUAUCUUUCUGCUGCUGACAAUCCCUGUGUCCCUCUGGGGGAUUCUGCAGCACUUAGUGCAUUACACGCAACCAGAACUUCAGAAACCUAUUAUAAGGAUUCUUUGGAUGGUCCCAAUAUACAGUUUGGAUAGCUGGUUGGCUUUGAAAUUUCCCCAAAUUGCCAUCUACGUGGACACCUUGAGGGAGUGCUAUGAAGCUUACGUCAUUUAUAACUUCAUGAUAUUCCUUAACAACUACCUAGCAAUCCGAUUCCCCAACGUGAUACUCCACCUGGAAGCUAAAGAUCAGCAACAACUUCUCUGUCCUCUGUGCUGCUGUCCACCCUGGGCUAUGGGAGAAAUACUGCUUUAUCGGUGCAAACUAGGAGUAUUGCAGUACACUGUGGUCAAACCGAUCACCACUGUGACGGCGUUGGUAUGUGAGAUUGUUGGUGUCUACGGUGAAGGGAACUUUAGUUUCUCCAACGCUUGGACUUACUUGGUUAUAUUAAAUAACCUGUCACAAGUGUUUGCCGUGUACUGCCUCUGGCUGUUUUACAAUGUUCUGAAAGAAGAGCUCAACCCUAUAAAACCUGUUGGCAAAUUUCUUUGUGUCAAACUGGUAGUCUUUGUCUCAUUCUGGCAAGCAAUGAUUAUUGCUUUGUUGGUUAAGGUUGGUGUAAUUUCAGAAAAGAGCACGUGGGAAUGGCAAAGUGCCGAAGCUGUGGCCACAGGCCUGCAGGAUUUUAUCAUCUGUAUUGAGAUGUUCUUCGCGGCGAUUGCCCAUCAUUACUUCUUCUCCUAUAAAGCCUACAUGCAAGAUGCAGAGAAAGGCUCGUGCUUUGAUUCCUUCCUUGCCAUGUGGGAUGUGUCAGACAUCAGAAAUGAUAUUUCUGAACAAGUGAGACGUGUCGGGAGAACAGUGCGAGGUUAUCCCAAAAAACAAUGUUUUCCCGAAGACCCAGAGCAUACUGAACACACAAGUCUGCUUUCUUCAUCUCCACGCGAUGCAGGUUCUCCAGGUUCACUCCACGGCCAGUAUCAGGGCUUUGCACAUACGAUCACUCCCCAGAAUACAGCUGUUUCAUUCCAUCUCUCUAAACAGGACAUCCCAGAAGAGCAGAGCCCUCCUGACAAUGCAGGCCACCAUCCAGACUUUGAACAUACAGUGUCUUCACCGGACACGCUCUCUGAUGACCAGCUGUCAGAAGACGCCAAGAACAACAUCACAGACAUGAAGAAGGAGCUCCUUGACACAUCAGCAGACUUAUAGAGAGCUGCAAAUACAUACAUGUUAUCAUAUAUAUUUGUAUAUGUUUUAUAUAUAACAAAUAACAUUUAAAUUUCCUAGGCUUUGGCUUUCUUAAACUGUUAGGGUAUCAUAUAAUCAAACAGUAGGUAACAACUUCAGCUGAAUGUUCUUGCAUUUCUCAAGAAAGAAAAAAAAUCAGUGCUUCUUACCACUGCAUGAAUGUAAUGCUCUGGACUGAAAAUGUAAAUAUAAAAUUCAGAUUAAUUUAAUCAUGAUCA